UUUCUGGUCGAACCGUCCUGAUAAGAUUCCAGUCACGUGAUUCUCACCACGUGGUUCGGCGCUCCAGCGGCACAACGCGAGCCACAGCGCAGAGAGCGUCGGAUCGGUGAAGUGCUCAGCGCAUGGAACUUAGAAACCUGAGACAAACUCCAGGAAGAAAAGAGAAGGCAUAAAGACCAGCCAUGGUCAGAUAUGAUAUCCUAAAGUCGUAUCACAGUGUAUCAAUCCCUCUGUGGAAGGUGUCUGCGGCUGUAGAUGCUCAGGAGACCAGACAUCACCACCACAGCUCCAUCCUUCACCACUGACUGCCUGCACCAAGCAUUCAUGUCGUCUCACACAGCAAGGUCUCACAGUACAAGAAUAAGGCUUUCUUGCUGUCUGUCUCGAGGAUGACACUAAGAAUAUAAGCUCUGCAAAGUUUCUUCAUUUCAUUCCCAUCGAAUCAUAUAAUAUGCUGCCGAAAGAACACAGCAGUGAGGGCAAAGCAAGCAAACUCAUGCAGUAUGAGAAGAAGCUGAAAGCUGCCAAGAAAGAAGAGACGAUGCGUUACGUGGAGCCACCCGACGGAGGCUGGGGCUGGAUGGUCGUGCUACACUGCUUUCUGGUGAACGUGCUGGUUAUGGGGACCUUGAAGACUUUUGGGAUCUUCUUCGUGGUGCUGCAGGACGAGUUCGGUGGCUCGUCCGAGAGCAUCAGCUGGAUCGGCUCCAUCAUGUCCAGCAUCAGACUCUCAGGAGGUCCUUUGGCCUCUGUAGCCUGCGCUAGGCUGGGGAACAGAGUCACUUCUAUCUUGGGAGCCUUACUGGUGACUGCAGGAUUUAUCAUCAGCAUGUUUGCUAACAGUGUCCUUUACUUGUACCUCAGCAUGGGGAUGGUGGUGGGUCUUGGCUUUGCACUGUUGUACCAAGCCUCAUCUGUUGUGACUGCAACUUAUUUCCGUAAGAGGUUAGCCACGGCAUACUCCAUUGGGCGCUCUGGCAUGGGCUUAACCUUCGCGCUGGCACCCUUCACACAGCUGCUUAUGGAUCAGUAUGCAUGGCAGGGAGCUCUGUUGAUUUUGGGUGGUCUGAUGUUGAACCUGGUGGCCUCUGCAAUGCUGCUGCGGCCCAUCCAAGUGCAGCCUGCUUCCUUUCCUCUACCAUCUAACCCCAGCCUCAGCAGAGAUCUGCCUGUCUCUCUGACCCAAAUGGAGAAGGGACCUCUUGACAACAGUGAAAAUUUUAAUCUAGCCAUGUCUAAUGGCAUUGCCAAAACAGAAGAUCCUUCCAUACACAAGGAUAUACUUAUCAUUGAGAACACAUCUCAUGGACAGAGUAAGCUGCAAGCUUUAGAACUAACAAACCUGACCCAGAAUGGUGCCAAUGAACUGGACAAUUCUCCAGUAAAGGUUUGUCAAGAGACAAAUGCCAAACUGAUGGUGAAUUCCAUGGUACAGGAGAAGACUCCAACCAAAAAAGCCAAAAUCUUUGACUUGUCACUCUUAAAAAAUCCUUUUUUUUUCAUAUAUACUUGGUCACUGGUUUUCAGUCAGUUAGCCUACUUUAUCCCCUACUUCCACCUAUCAGCAAGAGCCAGGACUUUGGGCAUUGACCCCAUGGAUGCAUCUUUCAUCAUAUCUGUGGCAGGUAUAACAGAAACUGUGGCUCAGCUGGCCUCUGGCUGGGUGACAGACAGGAACCUGGUCCAUAAGUACCACUACCACAAGGCCUAUCUGAUUCUGUGUGGGAUCGUCAACCUGCUCUCUCCCCUCGCCACCUCCUAUAUCCAGCUCAUGAUCUAUGCCGUGUUCUUUGCUAUCUUUUGUGGAGGUUACAUGGCUCUGCUCCUGCCGGUCCUGGUUGACUUGGUAGGGUCUGAAAAAGUGAAUAACUCUAUGGGGUUUUCCAUGUUCUUUGUGGGUCUUGGCUGUCUAACAGGUCCUCCAUUGGCCGGUUUCCUGUACGACUACACCCUAACCUACGACUGCUCCUUCUACUUAGCUGGUGUGUGUUACCUGCUCUCAUCAAUCUCUCUCUUCCUGGAGCCACUUGCUCAGCACUGGCAGGCCAGAAAAAAGCAGCAGGAGCUGCUCAAUAAAGAACUGGGGUGGAGCAGCUGCUGCUUCUGUGCAGCCUCUCAAAGAAAUGGGGUGGUAUAGCUACACCGCAUAGCCAUGGCAAACAAAAAAUUAAAAAGGAAUAUUUGAGAAAAAAAAAGUACUUCAUCCUCCCACAGCGGAUUUGAACUCGACUUUGUAAUAUAAUGUAAAGGCACCAGUCUUUAGAGAGGAGGAGGUUUUUUUUAGGACUCACAGUGAAUGACCAACUUAGUCACAAUGUUUGCAGACACCAUCAUGGAUGGUUUUACAGAUGAUGUGGUCUCUAAAUUCCAAUGAAGCAAAUACAUGUGCAUCUCAAUAAAUUAGUAUGUCAUGGAAAAUGACUUGGUUUACAUUUAACAAAAAACAACCAAUUAACUACUGUAUCACAAAAAAUAGAAUACUUAAUAAGAUCAAUAUAAAAAAACAUUUUUAGUGAAUUGUUGGCCUUCUGGAAAGUAUGUUCCUUUACUGUAUACGUACUUAAUACUUUCUAGGUGCUCCUUUUGCUUUAAUUACUGCCUCAAUUCGGCAAGGAGGUGAUCGGUCUGAGGCACUGCUGAGGUGGUAUGGAAGCCCAGGUUUCUUUGACAGUGACCUUCAGCUCAUCUGCAUUUUUGGUAUCUUGUUUCUCAUUUUACUCUUGACAAUACAGCAUAGAUUCUCUAUGGGAUUCAGGUGUGGUGAGCCUACUGGCCAGCCAAGCACACCAACACCAUGGUCAUUUAACCUACUUUUGGUGCUUUUGGCAGUGUGGGUGAGUGUGUGGAAAAUGAAAUUGUGAAGGGUGUUAAUGAUUGUCUUCUGGAAAACUGUCAGAUCAGCAGUCUUUCCCAUGAUUGUGUAGCCCAGUGAACCAAAUUGAGAGACCAUUUCGAUCACUCAGGAAACCUUUGCAGGUGUUUGGAGUUGAUUAGCUGAUUGAUAUGUCGCUAUAUUCAAAUUUUUUUUAGAUUAAUUGCUGGGUUUUUGUACAAUGUGAGCCAAAAUCAUCACAUAUUAAAGUACCAAAGACUUAAACUACUCCAGUUUUUGUGUACUGAAUUUAUAUAAUACACGAGUUUCACUAUUUGAGUUGAAUUACUGAAAUAAAUGAACUUCCACAACAUUCUAGUUUAUUGAGAUGCACCUGUAACUUCUUGUAUCACAUUAUAUACUUUUAUCUUAUUACCAACCUUUCAAUUUAAGAAAACAUGCAACUUUUCAUUUAAUGUCUCCCAAAUAUAUAGAAUAAUAUAUAUGAGACAGAUAAUGUAUACAUGCUAUAAUAACAUAGCAUUCUAUAAUAACAUUUCCUGUAACAUAACAUAACAGUUACUGAAUGGAGCAAUCAACAUUAUAUUUAAAUAUUAGCCUUAAAAUGCUGAUUAUUUUCUAUGCAAUUUGUCUACUGGUUUGAGGUCAAGGUUUUUCUUUGCAAACAGCAACUCAUAUUGGUUUAUUUCGAUGAUCUGCUAUAAGUUCCAGUCAACUUAUGAGAAUUAAACACUACGUAAAUUGAUUAUUAUUGUUUUAAAGUAUACUUGAUUGUGGAUUUGGGUCACUGUGCCUCUGGACCUUGGACAUGGGUUUUUCCCCAGCCGGUGGUCCCAAAUUACAUUUGUGCCAGCAACCACUGACUAAGAUGAAAAGAAUUUCCAAAACAAAACGGCUUUAAACCGAUUUAAACCUGACAGGAGUGAGAAUACUUCAAGGGCUCAGUCUAAAAAAUGUAGGGCAUUGUGCUUACAGCUACAGCCUUGUUUUAGACAUGCCGUUUUUGAAGACUGUCAUUUAUAUCUAAAUUCCUGUAGUGUUCUGUUUAGCACCAUUAGUUGCCUUUUGUGUACUGCAUAACUGUACUAACUAUUGAGAUAUGAGCCAAAGAUGCAAGAGAGAUUUAUUUUUUUUAUUAUUAUUAUUUUAUUAUUUCUUUGCAUUUUACUCUCAGGCGUGUUUAGGCUUUCAGUUUCUUGUUCAUUUAUCUUUAAAAUCAAACCUUUUCUUACCAAUUGUUUGUGGUUGCUUCUUAGAUGCCACAUAGUUUCUUUUGUCACAGAGUCCUCUAGUGGUACAUACACUGUACUACUGCUGAAAGGUAGCAUUAAUUACUGUUCAGUGCUAAUUAUAUACUGUUGUGAGUAUGACGGAGUGCUGCACAGUUGUUUUUUUUAAUAUAUAUCCAUUUCACAAAAAUCAAAAAGUGACAAAAUGGUGAGAUGGUAAAUAGAGUUUUUAGGAGCACAAAUUGAAUACACUCCUGUUGAGUCUGGACUGUUUAGAAAAUUGUAUUAUGAAAAUUUUGUUCGUGUUUAAACAUCCAUGCAGUCUGAUUGGGAAACACUGCUUAUUUAAUCUCCUAAGACGUUUUUUUUUCUUCUCAUGGGGAGCCAAGGCGUCUCUAUGAGCCACAGAUUGCAGUCUAAAAAUACAUCAACUACAAAGUAACAUAAGAAACAUGCUAGUUCAUUGUAGCCCACUCACUGUGUGUGGACAAAGUCUGUCUUUUAUAUAUGGAUAUGUGGUACUGUAUAAAUUCUGGAAGUGGUUUUAAAAACAAAAAAGGUGGAAUUCUUACAACUGUGAAGGUUUUCAUAACUGAAAUUAAAGCAAAUGGAAAAUG